AUGUAUAAUAUAUUUUCCAAGAUACCAGCUGUUCAUACAGCUCAUUACCCUUUACUUUUGUGUAAAACAGAAGAUAAAAAGAACCAUAGAAAUUCAUCAGGGCAGGGAAAAGACUUUAAAAAUAAAGAUUUAGAAAAAGCUAUAGCUCUUAGGCUUUUUAUUUUGUGUCUACUUAUUUUGUUUUACAUGUUUUUACAAAACAUAGAUGUAUAUGAAGAUAGUAAUAUUAUUUCAGAAUGGAAAAAGUAUAAUAAUAGAUUUUUAAGAAAACUAUCUAAAAAAAGAAAUAUGAGCGAAAAAAUGAAGAAUGUAGGAUCCGACAUAAAUGGAGAUGAAUACAACAAGUUGACCACAAAAACAAAUGUAAAAUUAUGCAAACAUAAAAUAAAAAAUUCCAAUUGUUCGAAAAGCGAAGAAAAAAAUUCAAGAAAAACUGGUACUUAUCCUGGUGAAUCUUCAUUACGUAAACGCACAAUGGAUAAAAAAAAAUAUUUAUUAACUAUUCAGGAAUUAAAAAAAAAAUAUGAAGCCUUAGCGUACAAGGAUGUAAGUAAAAAUGAAAUAAAAGAGAUAAUGAAAGAUAUGGAUUCUAAUUAUGAAUUUAUAUCAGAAAAUAAACAUGAUACUUCUACAGAAGAUGAAAAUGCAGAAUUACCUUAUGGAUGUAAAGUUUCAGAGGUUUGUUUAAAUAUUACAGAGGAGAAACUAAAAAGAAAACUUAGUACGUUAAGUAGUAAAGUAAAUCAUAAAGUUAUGUUUACAAUAUUUAACUAUUUUCAUGAUUUUCAAAGAAAAAAGUAUUUAAAAUUAGGAGAUUAUCUGUGGAAAAAUUAUAAACAAAUUAAAAAGGACUAUGAAGUACCAGAAGAAAUUGAAAUGGAGAUAGAUAGCACUUCUUCUGAUUUGAUAAAUACUCUAUUGAAAAAGGAUUAUAAUGACUUUAAGGAUUUUUACGCUUUUGUUGGUGAUGUACCACGUUCUAAAGAGAGCUUUAUUAAUUUUCUAAAAGAGAAGACCCACUCAUGGUUAUUAUUGAGAAAUAAGAUGAUGGAGAAGAUAAAAAAUGCUUUGGAUAUUGAUUUUGAAGAUUCCGAAUCAGACGAAUGA